AUGUUCGGCUUUUCAAGCACAGGAAUGAAUUCCGCAGGCGGCGUGGCGGUUGUGAGCGACGAUGACGCCGAGGAGUUUGCCAUGCUCAGCAUGCAUGAAGAAACUAUGCGCCAGAAGCGCGGCAGCACCUACCUCAGUGCGCUUAAUCGUGGGCGCCGCAGCUCAACCGCAGCCCAAAAGAAGAGCGGCAGUCCUAUCCAGUUCGCUGGACCAAUUUGCAGCCAAAGCUUGGAUCGCAAGGGUGUCAUGGUGGAUGAUGACAGCUUUCACGCUGGAGACAUUACGCCGCAAAGCGUUACCAUCGAAACGCCAGGAACUGGCCGGGGCAACUAUACGGGUCUUGAUAACACACCAAAGGUUUUCGCACCCAAGCUUUCUCCGUACGAUCAGACCAGUGCCCCACCCGGUCAGAUUAUGUUUAAUGACAUCAUGGAAGACGAGGUGGACUCCACGGGACCGCGAUCAGGUGGCGUCGUCGCCGCAACUCAUCGACCUAACUUGGCGGACAGCACCAUGUCCGAUGUGACUGAUCUAAACCUCACCGCUGUGUCUGAGCGUAUCAAGCAACACCGCGAUAACGUGGAGCAGGAGGCGGCUACGCAUGUCAAGCAAGACGUGCUAACUGCAGAUGACCUCCGUGAGUCCGAGACGAAGGGCCCGAUGGCGCUGAGCGACCUCCUCUCUUCCCGAGUGCGGUAA